AAUGUCGAAACGAAAGGUAGGGAGUCGGCGCCCCGGUUUCGGUUUCGAAUCUGUCCAUCUUCGUUCAGAUUCGUUCGUUCGCUGUUCGCUCAUAAGGACAAAAAUCUUCCGCAAACAGUGGCAGAGUACGAGUACGAGGACAAAUACAAAUUCAGCGUUGUGUUUGCUUUGAAUCAAAACACAUUCUUGUGAGUCAGACGAAGGCGUUGUGUGAAAACUUUGUAGAAUCAAUAUUUGAAUUUGCUCGUCUAAAAAUCAGUGUGAAUUACAUUUAAAAAUGGCAAUUAGUCGGUUAUCUAUCAUCAAAUUUUUGGAAUUGGCCAUUGCCAUCGCAUGUAUUGGUCUUCACUACAAAAGCAAAACCAAUGACUUAGACACCGACACAUUAUCCUCAGCAGCUUUUGGAGGAUAUGUUAUUAUUUUGAUAGGAGGAUUUGCAGGUUACCUCAUGAGUACUCCAUUCAACAAAAGGAUCGACAUCUUCUUCUCCCUGGUCGGUUGCGCCCUCUUCGUUGCCGCCGGUGCAUUGAACAUUAAAAUUUAUGACAAAUACGGAAAAUCAGAAUGGAGAGACUUCGGCCUGGCUAAAGCUUCAUUGGCUAUUGUCAACGGAGCCCUAUUCCUGUUGGACUCCCUCUUAACGUGGAGAGGCGAUUUCUAAACUAUUUUAAGUUGUUUUUAAAUAUAAACGAACAUACCAACAGAUAAGUUAGCGAUUUGUUAAAGCUACCUCGAUUAUUGACUAAAUGUGAAGCAGAUUGUUAAAUAUUUUAUAGGUACUCCCUUAGUCCAUAAAUAUGGCAAACAUUUUGGCCUUUUAUCUCAUUUUUUCGGAAAUAUGUACAAAUCAACAAAAAUAUCUGAAACCGCCAAGGUCAGACAAGGUCAGAAAAUUUUAACUACGCGACGUUGUCAGAUCAAUAGGUUUAAAAGGUUUUUAGAUUUUUUAUUUAUUAUCUAUUUUACAGUAAAAUCUCCUUCUGCUUUCUCCUGUGUAAAUUUUAAAACAUUGUAUAUAAUUUCGCGAGAUUUUGCGCUUAGUGUCCUAUUUUUCACGGAACUUACAAUAGUCAUGUAUAAUGAAAAAAUAUUAAAUGUACAAUAAAUAAACAACUAUUCGACUAUUUUAUGUGGCAAUGUUGCGAAACCACUGGUUUCGUGCCCAAUCCAUUUUAAAUGAAUAUUUACUAUUUGCACCAACGCGUUCAACUGAAGAUCUCUCUCCUUGAUUUCCUGCCUGAGUGACUUUCGCAGUUUCAGAUGUUUCUGUACAAUUGUACUUCUCGAUUUCUAGUCAGGUACUACUCUAACUCAAGCGAUUUUGCUGCUGCUCGUUAAAAAUCAAGCUAAAAAAAUUCAAUCAUCUUGUCGACAGUACUGUUAGUACUUAGGGAAGCUGAAGGAAAUGGAUAUAACUGCAAUCACCAGGAUUCAGUGAUUUAAAAUCUGUAGACUCGGAUUUGAUAUCCUGGUGAUUGCAGUUCUAUCCAUUUCCUUCAAUUUCCCUAAGUACUAACAGUACUGUCGACAAGAUGAUUUAAUUUUUUUAGCUUGAUUUUUAACGAGCAGCAGCAAAAUCGCUUGAGUUAGAGUCGUACCUGACUAGUAAUCGAGAAGUACAAUUGUUAUUAAUUUACAAAGUAAAUGAAGUACAAAAUAUUAUUUUAACCCUUUUAAUAUAAAGUCCGAGCAUUAAAGUUUUCUUUGAAUUAAAUUCAUUAAAUCAACGUUUUUAAGACAUUUAUACCAUAUUUUCUGACAGGGGAGUUAUCAAUGAUGCAUUUUUUAUUUGGAUAUUUAAUGUUAACCUUUUAUCAAUAUGUUAUUUCGUUGUACAAUAUUUUUUCGUGUUAAAAGUUUUUUAAUUUUAAAAUUGAUUAUUCGCGACUUGCUAGAUUUGUUUCUAGAAGUUAGUACUAUUUAAUAUAUGUAAAGCUUUCAUUGUCGUUUUCUCGUAAUUGCGAAUGAGCUUAUGUUUAGCAGCGUUCAUAGUUUAAGCAUAACACAUUGUUUACAUCUGAUACAUUUUUAUUUUUACGCGAAUCUUAUGGUACCGUUCAAAAACCAUUCAAAAUAGGAACCAAAUACUUUGAACUACAUAUAUUUUUAUAAACGUAUACCAUAAAAAAUACAUAAACAUAUGGAACAUUUUUUGCAUUUAAAGAACACAAAAUUUUUUGUUGAUAUUAUAUUUUUGUAAUGAUAUAGUUUUUAUACUAAAAUAUAUUUUUUUGAUACUCUUAUAUGUUUAUAUUUAAUGUUAAAAAGCUGUCGCAAUGUUGUAAUGUUAGUGUAUAAGCUUUAAAUUAUUGACCAAUAAAACAUAUUCGAAUUAAA